AUGAUUAGGGAACACCUUUUUCUUCACUCCUCGUGCUUUCUUCCUUCAACCAAAUAUCAGGGAGGGAUCAGAACCCAAGAGAAAUGGAAUCCAUAAUGUUACAUGCUCUGUUCCUGACUCUGUUUCUGUUUUCCCACCAGACAAAAGCAGAGGAAUUUGAAUCCUUCAGUAAUGCCACCAGUUCCAGAGCUAGGAGCCUCGCAGGAACAUGUAACUGGUUCCAGGGGAAGUGGGUUUACGAUGCUUCAUAUCCUCUCUAUGAUCCUUCUUCAUGCCCAUUCAUAGAUCAACAGUUCAAUUGUCAAAAGCACGGUCGCAAAGAUAAACUUUACCAGAAGUAUAGGUGGACACCAUUUUCUUGUAGUUUGCCAAGGUUCAAUGGAUUGAGCUUCUUGAACAGAAAUAGAGGGAAGAAGAUAAUGUUUGUCGGUGAUUCCUUAAGCUUAAACCAGUUCAACUCAUUAGCAUGUAUGCUUCAUGCUUGGGUACCAAAAUCCAGGGCCACAUUCGCACAGAGGGAUGCUCUCUCCUCAGUGAAAUUUGAGGACUAUGGUCUUGAGUUAUAUCUGUACCGCACAGCAUACUUGGUGGACCUUGACCAUGAUAAAGUUGGACGUGUUUUGAAGAUUGAUUCAAUCACCAACGGUGACGCUUGGAGAGGAAUGGAUGCACUGAUCUUCAACACGUGGCACUGGUGGACACACACCGGAAGCGCACAACCGUGGGAUUAUAUUCAGGAGAAUAAUAAAUUGUACAAAGACAUGAACCGUUUUGUCUUGUUCUACAAAGGGCUAAACACUUGGGCUAGAUGGGUUGAAAAGAAUGUUAAUCCAGCAAAAACCAAAGUCUUCUUUCUAGGAAUUUCUCCAGUGCAUUACCAGGGAAGAGAUUGGAAUCAACCAGCAAAGUCAUGCAUGAGUGAGGCACAACCAUUCUUUGGCUUAAAGUACCCUGCCGGAAGACCAAUGGCUUGGACGGUGGUGAACAAGGUGUUAACAAGGAUGAGUAAGCCAGUGUAUUUCUUAGAUGUGACCACACUCUCACAGUACAGAAAAGAUGCACAUCCUGAAGGAUACAGUGGGGUCAUGGCAACAGAUUGUAGCCAUUGGUGUCUUCCAGGACUUCCUGAUACAUGGAAUGAGCUUCUGGCUGCAGCUCUUUCUGGUUAAAAUUAAGGAGCUUGCACAUUGUUGACAACUUUUGUUUAUUAGGUUCAACUUGUUAGAGGAUGGAAACCAAUUGUUUUCAACUGUAGGAAAUGUUUAUUUAAUUUGGCAUUUUGAUUCUUGUAAUUGGGCAAUAAGCAGGUUUGAUGCUCCAAAUUGUAAAUGUACAUUGUUUUGGCAGAAAUUUGCCUUGAAUUCUUCCAAAUGUUAUUUUGAAGUGUGAAAAUUAAGCAUUUAGAAAGGACUUGGUGUGGCUCAUUGUAAAUGUA